GUCAUUUUCACGGAAAGCACAGGUGCAGACGAUCAGCUGUUGUGUACCAAAGUUUUGCUCUUCACUCCUUUCAGUUACAGCGGAGGUGACAGGGGCAGGGAAGGAGCAAAUUCCAGCUCCAAUGUUCUAAACCAACUCAUCAACAUGGAGGUCUCUAAAUUCGGACUAUUAUGGGCCAUUGUUCUUUCAUGUAUGAUAGUUUCUGUGCAGGGACAGAGGAGUGUAGAAGAAAAAGAGAAAGCUGGACCCCCACUCAAUGUACGGAGCACUGGUCACACCCAAACAUCAGUGUCGUUUUCAUGGACUGCUCCUAAAAAGUUACCUGUUGGUGGUCAUUACAUCAGUGGUUAUAAGAUUCUUUACAAGGUGGAGGGAACAAAAGAUUCAUCAGGAAAGAAAAUUGAUGUACCUGCAGAUACAUCAUAUACAAUAACAGAUCUUGCUCCUGGUACUUCGUACAUGUUCAAAAUUGCAACUAUCACUAGCAAUGGGAAGGUUGGAGGAUUUUCAUCAUGGAAUCCAGUUCGCACAGAUGAUGCUCCAGAAGUACCCCCUCCAGACCCACCUGGUAAUGUACGAGGCUCAGCUGAUGGGACAAACAUUGAUGUAUCCUGGACCCCUCCCAGUACCCCAAUUGAUGGCUAUGUUAUCAGCUAUGGAAAGAACUCAGUGGAUGAAAAUAGUCUGGAGGUCAGUCAAGGGGAGCAACGUGCUCAAAUUAGUGGACUUGAUGCUGGAUCUACUUAUCAAGUAGCUGUCCAAUCAGUCAGUGGUGGACAAAGGAGUUCUGCUGAAACAUUCAGUGCUACAACAGAUGCUCCUGUACCAUCAUCACCUGGUAAUCUUCGCCUAAGAUCUACAUCUGAUAGUAUUGAUGCAGAAUGGGCUCAUAAUAGUGUGGCACAGGAUGGUGUGACUGGAUUUGAAGUAUCUGUAGGUCCAGACUCUAAUCCAACAGAACAGACUCUUAACUUAGGAAACUCAGCAAGAUUCACCACUGUAUCAGGUCUCCAGCCUGAUCAAGUAUAUGUUGUGUCUGUGACUGCUCAGAAUGAGUUUGGAAACAGUCAGCCUGUUACAGACAAGAUUAGUACACAAGCGGCUGCAUCUACAGGAGGAGGAGGAGGGGGAGCAGCAAAUUCUCCUCCAAAUGGGAUGCAAAUAAGAGAAGGUUCUGAUAGAGCAACAGUGACCUGGGAAGCUGCAACCAAUGAUGUAGAUGGUUAUGUCGUCAACAUGGGCCCAGAGUCCAACCCAAAUCAGUUUUCACGACGUGUUCCAAGUGGUGCCAGAAGGAGGAUUAAGCAAGAUGGACUUGAACCAGAUACAGAUUAUCAAGUUUCUAUCAAGUCUUAUGAUUCAGAAGGGGAGAGUCAGCCUAUACAACAAGGGUUUAGGACAAAGCCAAGGGAAACCCGAAGCCGUGGCCCACGCCGUCCAAGUGGAACUAAAGUGAAGAGUCGAUAUGAUUCAUUGGGUGUUACAUGGGAAGAACCUGAAGGAGAUGAUGUUACUGGAUACAGGUUGGAAGCUGGACCUCCUUCUAAUCCUCGUCAAUUUACUAGAGAUUAUGAUCGUGGUACAACAAGUGCAGACAUCACAGGAUUAUCAUCAGAUACAGAUUAUCAGGUCAAUUUGUAUUCUAGAUCAAGGUCUGGAAACAGUGAACCUGUAAGGAGAAGAGCGAGAACUAGGCAAACCAGACGUCCGCCACGUCCUCAAAGUGUUACUGCAAGCUCACCAAGUCCUAACUCCAUUGAUGUAGAGUGGCAAGGUCCACGUGACAGUAGUGUUUCUGGUUAUCGAGUGGAUGUUGGUAUUCCUUCAGAUCCACAAAGAACAUUUUCUCAGCGAUACCCAGGUAGCACAAACAGAGCAACCAUUCCAAACCUAAAUGAAGAUACAGAAUAUCAAGUCAGUGUAGUUUCUACCUCUGAAUCAGGAGAAAGUGAACCUGUAAGGAAGUCUGUAAAAACACAAAUUGGAGACACGAAUCGUCCACCAAGGCCAAAUGGUAUGCGAGUGAGGGAAAGCAUGGACUCGGCAACUGUCAAUUGGGAGGCUGCGUCUGGUGAUGUAGAUGAAUAUAUUGUCAACAUGGGUGCUGAUGGAAACCUAGAUCAGUUUUCACAACGUGUAAGAAGUAGUGACAGAAGAAGGAUCAGGCAAUCUGGACUAAAACCUGAUACAGACUAUCAAGUUUCAAUCAAGUCUGUUAAAGAUGGCACAGAAAGUGAAGCAAUUACACAAGGAUUUAGGACCAGACCACGUCGUGCCCAACCUACAAGGCCUCCAACUGGUAUGAGAGUAAACACACGAUAUGACUCGAUGGCAGUCCAGUGGGAAGAACCAGAAGAUGAAAAUGUUAAUGGAUACAGACUUGAGGUCGGAACUCCAGAUGAUCCUAGGCAGUUUGUUGAAGAAUAUCCUCGUGGCACAGAUACGGCAGUUGUUCCAGACUUGGAUCCAGAUACAAGAUAUCAAGUCAAUCUUGUGUCUACUUCUGAGUCAGGAGAAAGUUCACCGGUAACAAGGAGAGCCAGAACAAGGCGAACAAGACGUCCAAAACGCCCCCAACGCACAAGAGCAUCAUCUUCUAGUCCUGAUUCUAUUGAUGUCACAUGGCAAGAACCUGAUGAUGAUAAUGUAGAUGGCUAUAGGGUUGAUGUUGGAACACCAUCUAAUCCUCGUUCAAAGUUCUCACAAAGAUUGCCUCGGGGAACCACUUCAGUCAAUGUUCCAAGAUUGGAUCCUGAUUCAGAUUAUCAAGUCAGUGUAGUGUCUACCUCACCUUCUGGAGAAAGUGAACCUGUGAGAAAGACAGCAAGCACACAGAGACGUGGUGGUGCAUUUACCUCUCCUCCAAAUGGCAUGAGAGUGAAUGAAGAAACCUCUUCUGCACGACUUAAUUGGGGUCCAUCAGGCAGUGAUGAUAUCGAAGGAUACACUGUCAACAUUGGCACCCCAAACAACCCAACUCAAUUUUCUGAAAAUGUUCCAAGUACAACUACAAGCUUCAGGCAAAAAGGUCUUCGUCCAGAUACUCUCUACCAAGCCUCUGUCAAGGCAUAUGGCCCAGGAGGGGAAAGUGAACCUAUGCAACAAGGUUUCAAAACAAAGCCCAAGCGACCUCAAAGAACAAAGCCCCCUACCAACACCAGAGCAAGAGAACGAUAUGAUUCAAUAGCAGUCAGCUGGGAUGAACCUGAUGAUCCUAAUGUUGAUGGAUAUCGAGUGGAAGUUGGGACACCAUCUGAACCUAACCAGGCCUCAUAUAAUUUCCCUCGUGGAACAACAGAUUUCACCAUUCCAGACCUUGACCCAGAUACUGAUUAUCAAGUCAACUUAUAUUCCACCUCACCAUCAGGAGACAGUGACCCAGUCACAAGAAGAGGAAGAACAAGACGCAACCGACGUCCAAAACGCCCAGCUCGUGCUAAGGUGAACCCAAGUUCCAAUUCCUUAGACAUCAGGUGGGAUGAAGCUAAAGGCGACAAUGUUGAAGGAUACAGGGUGAAUGUUGGAACAUCAACUAAUCCACGUGUGUUCUCAAGAAAUGGUAUAAGUGAUACAAGCAUCUCAGUGCCUAAUCUAGACCCAGAUACAGAUUAUGAAGUUCAAAUAGUGACCAAUGCAGCUGGUAGAGAGAGUGAACCAUUAACAAAAUCAGCCAGGACUACUGCAUCUACAGGUGGUGGAGGAUCUGGAGGUGGAGCAGCAAAUUCUCCUCCAAAUGGGAUGCAAAUAAGAGAAGGUUCUGAUAGAGCAACAGUGACCUGGGAAGCUGCAACCAAUGAUGUAGAUGGUUAUGUUGUCAACAUGGGCCCGGAGUCCAACCCAAAUCAGUUCACACAACGUGUUCCAAGUAGUGACAGGAGGAGAAUAAAACAAGAUGGACUUGAACCAGAAACAGAUUAUCAAGUUUCUAUCAAGUCUUAUGAUUCAGAAGGGGAGAGUCAGCCUAUACAACAAGGGUUUAGGACAAGACCUACACGCAGUCGCAACCCCCAAGCUCCAACUGGUACCAGAGUUAACAGACGAUAUGAUACAUUGGGUGUUACAUGGGAAGAACCUGAAGGAGAUGAUGUUACUGGAUACAGGUUGGAAGCUGGACCUCCUUCUAAUCCUCGUCAAUUUACUAGAGAUUAUGAUCGUGGUACAACAAGUGCAGACAUUACAGGAUUAUCAUCAGAUACAGAUUAUCAGGUCAAUUUGUAUUCUAGAUCAAGUUCUGGAAACAGUGAACCUGUAAGGAGAAGAGCUAGAACUAGAUCAAUGCCACGUCCUCAACGCCCUCAGCGCAUGAGAACAAAUUCACCAAGUCCUGAUACUCUUGAUGUCAACUGGGAACAGCCGAAUGAUAACAAUAUUAAUGGAUACAGAGUAGAUGUUGGAACACCAGCUAAUCCACGUCGAGAUUUCUCAAGGCGCUACCCUGCCGGAACAUCAAGUGCCUCUAUUCCAAACCUCAGACCUGACUCUGAUUACCAAGUCAGUGUAGUGUCUACUUCUCCAUCCGGAGAGAGUGAACCUGCAAGAAGAUCUGCGAGAACACAAAACGAUGGUACGAGACGUGGUCCAACCCGUCCAAAUGGCAUGAGAGUAAGGGAAGGUAUAAAUUCAGCAACAGUGGAUUGGGAACCUGCAACCAAUGAUGUAGAUGGUUAUAUUGUCAAUAUGGGCCCCGAGUCUGAACCAGAUCGGUUUACACAACGUGUUCCAAGUACAGAGAGGAGGCGGUUUAGACAAGAUGGACUUGAUCCAGAUACAGAUUAUCUUGUUUCUGUCAAGUCUUAUGAUGAUCAAAACAGGGAAAGUGAAGCUAUUCAAAGGGGCUUCAGAACAAGACCGGAACGACCUCAACGGAUCAAGUCCCCAACAGGUGUGCGAACAAAUCCAAGAUAUGAUUCUAUGGCAGUCCAAUGGGAGGAACCCGAGGAUGAAAAUGUUGAUGGAUACAGACUGGAAGUUGGAACACCCUCUGAUCCCCGCCAGUUUGUAAGAGAAUAUGAUCGUGGUACAACGGUUGCCACUGUUCCUGACCUAGACCCAGAAACAGAUUAUCAGAUAAAUCUAGUUUCUACAUCUGAAUCUGGAGAUAGUGAGCCUGUAAGGAGGAGAGCUAGAACAAGGCGAACAAGACGUCCACAACGGCCCCAACGUACAAGAGCAUCAUCUUCUAGUCCUGAUUCUAUUGAUGUCACAUGGCAAGAACCUGAUGAUGAUAGUGUAGAUGGAUACAGGGUUGAUGUUGGAACACCAUCUAAUCCUCGAUCGAAGUUCUCACAAAGAUUGCCUCGGGGAACCACUUCAGUCAAUGUUCCAAGAUUGGAUGAAGACUCUGAAUAUCAAAUCAGUGUAGUGUCCACCUCACCAACAGGAGAGAGUGAACCUGUCAGAAAGUCUGUUAAAACACGAAGUCGCCGCCCCAGAACUGUCUCACCUCCAAAUGGCAUACAAAUUAAUGAAGAAGCCUCUUCUGCACGACUCAAUUGGGGUCCAUCAGGCAGUGAUGAUAUCGAAGGAUACACUGUCAACAUUGGCACCCCAAACAACCCAACUGAAUUCUCUGAAAAUGUUCCCAGCACAACCACAAGUUUCAGGCAAAAAGGUCUACGUCCAAAUACUUUUUACCAAGCUUCUGUUAAGGCUCGUGGCCCAGGUGGGGAAAGUGAACCAUUACAGCAACAUUUCAAAACAAGGCCUAGUCGAAGUCGAGGUCCUUCACCCCCUACCAACACCAGAGCAAGAGAACGAUAUGAUUCCAUAGCAGUCAGCUGGGAUGAACCUGAGGAUCCUAAUGUUGAUGGAUAUCGAGUGGAAGUUGGGACACCAUCUGAACCUAACCAGGCCUCUUACAAUUUCCCUCGUGGAACAACAGAUUUCACCAUUCCAGACCUUGACCCAGAUACUGAUUAUCAAGUCAACUUAUAUUCCACCUCACCAUCAGGAGACAGUGACCCAGUCACAAGAAGAGGAAGAACAAGAAAGAAUCGACGUCCGAAACGUCCACCUCGUGCUAAAGUGAGCCCUGGUUCUGAUUCUCUGAUGUUGAGAUGGGAUGAACCAGAAGGAGAUAAUAUCGAUGGAUACAGAGUAGAUAUUGGAACUCCUUCUAAUCCAAGACAGUUUACACAACGAUUUGAUCGUGGACAAAGCCAGCACACAUUCUCAGGUCUAUCCCCAGGAACCGAUUACCAGGUCAAAAUAGUAUCCCUUGCAGGAGAUGAAGAAAGUGAACCAUUAACAAAGGCUGCAAGGACAACUGGAUCUACAGGUGGUGGAGGAUCUGGAGGUGGAGCAGCAAAUUCUCCUGCAAAUGGGAUGCAAAUAAGAGAAGGUUCUGAUAGAGCAACAGUGACCUGGGAAGCUGCAACCAAUGAUGUAGAUGGUUAUGUUGUCAACAUGGGCCCGGAGUCCAACCCAAAUCAGUUUACACAACGUGUUCCAAGUAGUGAAAGAAGGAGGAUUAAGCAAGAUGGACUUGAACCAGAAACAGAUUAUCAAGUUUCUAUCAAAUCUUAUGAUUCAGAAGGGGAGAGUCAGCCUAUACAACAAGGGUUUAGGACAAGGCCUACACGUAGUCGCAACCCCCAAGCUCCAACUGGUACCAGAGUUAACAGACGAUAUGAUUCAUUGGGUGUUACAUGGGAAGAACCUGAAGGAGAUGAUGUUACUGGAUACAGGUUGGAAGCUGGACCUCCUUCUAAUCCUCGUCAAUUUACUAGAGAUUAUGAUCGUGGUACAACAAGUGCAGACAUCACAGGAUUAUCAUCAGAUACAGAUUAUCAGGUCAAUUUGUAUUCUAGAUCAAGGUCUGGAAACAGUGAACCUGUAAGGAGAAGUGCUCGAACAAGACCAACACGUCGUCCUCAACGUCCUCAACGCAUGAGAACAAAUUCACCAAGUCCUGAUACUAUUGAUGUCAACUGGGAACAGCCAAAUGAUAACAAUAUUAAUGGAUAUAGAGUAGAUGUUGGAACACCAGCUAAUCCACGUCGAGAUUUCUCAAGGCGCUACCCUGCUGGAACAUCAAGUGCCUCUAUUCCAAACCUCAGACCUGACUCUGAAUACCAAGUCAGUGUAGUGUCCACUUCACCAUCCGGAGAGAGUGAACCUGCAAGAAGAUCUGUGAGAACACAAGAUGAUGGUACAAGAAGCGGUCCAACCCGUCCAAAUGGCAUGAGAGUAAGGGAAGGUAUAAAUUCAGCAACAGUGGAUUGGGAACCUGCAACCAAUGAUGUAGAUGGUUAUAUUGUCAAUAUGGGCCCUGAGUCUGAACCAGAUCGGUUUACACAACGUGUUCCAAGUACAGAGAGGAGGCGGUUUAGACAAGAUGGACUUGAUCCAGAUACAGAUUAUCUUGUUUCUGUCAAGUCUUAUGAUGAUCAAAACAGGGAAAGUGAAGCUAUUCAAAGGGGCUUCAGAACAAGACCUGAACGACCUCAACGGAUCAAGUCCCCAACAGGUGUGCGAACAAAUCCAAGAUAUGAUUCUAUGGCAGUCCAAUGGGAGGAACCCGAGGAUGAAAAUGUUGAUGGAUACAGACUGGAAGUUGGAACACCCUCUGAUCCCCGCCAGUUUGUAAGAGAAUAUGAUCGUGGUACAACGGUUGCCACUGUUCCUGACCUAGACCCAGAAACAGAUUAUCAGAUAAAUCUAGUUUCUACAUCUGAAUCUGGAGAUAGUGAGCCUGUAAGGAGGAGAGCAAGAACAAGGCGAACAAGACGUCCAAAACGCCCCCAACGCACAAGAGCAUCAUCAUCUAGUCCUGAUUCUAUUGAUGUCACAUGGCAAGAACCUGAUGAUGAUAAUGUAGACGGAUACAGGGUUGAUGUUGGAACACCAUCUAAUCCUCGUUCAAAGUUCUCACAAAGAUUGCCUCGGGGAACCAAUUCAGUCAAUGUUCCAAGAUUGGAUGAAGACACUGAAUAUCAAGUCAGUGUAGUGUCCACCUCACCAACAGGAGAGAGUGAACCAGUCAGAAAGUCUGUUAAAACACAAAGACGUAGUCCUCGGACAAUCUCUCCUCCUAAUGGCAUGCAGUUGAAUGAAGAGGCUUCUUCAGUGAGAGUGAAUUGGGAGCCAUCAGGCAGUGAUGAUAUUGAUGGCUAUACUGUUAAUAUUGGCACCCCAAACAAUCCAAAUCAGUUCUCUGAAAAUGUUCCUAGUACAACUACAAGUUUGAGACAGAAAGGCUUACGCCCUAGUACAGAUUACCAAGUUUCUGUUAAAGCACGUGCCUCAGGUGUGGAAAGUGAACCUAUUCAGCAAGGUUUCACAACAAAGCCUAAGCGAAGUCGAGGUCCUUCACCCCCUACCAACACCAGAGCAAGAGAAAGGUAUGAUUCCAUAGCAGUCAGCUGGGAUGAACCUGAGGAUCCUAAUGUCAAUGGAUAUCGAGUGGAAGUUGGAACACCAUCUGAACCUAACUUAGCCUCUUACAAUUUCCCUCGUGGCACAACAGAUUUCACCAUUCCAGACCUUGACCCAGAUACUGAUUAUCAAGUCAAAUUAUUUUCCACCUCUCCAGCCCGAGAUAGUGACCCAGUCACAAGGAGAGGAAAAACAAGAAAGAAUCGACGUCCAAAACGUCCACCUCGUGCUAAAGUAAGUCCUGGUUCUGAUUCUCUGAUGUUGAGAUGGGAUGAACCAGAAGGAGAUAAUAUCGAUGGAUACAGAGUAGAUAUUGGCACUCCGUCUAAUCCAAGACAGUUUACACAACGAUUUGAUCGUGGACAAAGCCAGCACACAUUCUCAGGUCUAUCCCCAGAAACAGAUUACCAGGUCAAAGUAGUAUCCCUUGCAGGAGAUGAAGAAAGUGAACCAUUAACAAAGGCUGCAAGGACAAGUGCACCAGGGUCCAGUCCUCAAGGUGGAGCAGCAAAUUCUCCUCCAAAUGGUAUGCAGAUAAGAGAAGGUUCUGAUAGAGCAACAGUAAACUGGGAAGCUGCAACCAAUGAUGUAGAUGGUUAUGUCGUCAACAUGGGCCCGGAGUCCAACCCAAAUCAAUUUACACAACGUGUUCCAAGUAGUGACAGGAGGAGGAUAAAACAAGAUGGACUUGAACCAGAAACAGAUUAUCAAGUUUCUAUCAAGUCUUAUGAUUCAGAUGGGGAGAGUCAGCCUAUACAACAAGGGUUUAGAACUAGGCCUCGUCAAUCUAGAAGCCCAAAACCUCCAACUGGUACCAGAGUUAACAGACGAUAUGAUUCAUUGGGUGUUACAUGGGAAGAACCUGAAGGAGAUGAUGUUACUGGAUACAGGUUGGAAGCUGGACCUCCUUCUAAUCCUCGUCAAUUUACUAGAGAUUAUGAUCGUGGUACAACAAGUGCAGACAUUACAGGAUUAUCAUCAGAUACAGAUUAUCAGGUCAAUUUGUAUUCUAGAUCAAGGUCUGGAAACAGUGAACCUGUAAGGAGAAGUGCUAGAACAAGAUCUACACGGCGUCCACAACGUCCCCAAGAGACAACUGCAACUUCAUCUCGUCCGGAUUCUAUUGAUGUCACAUGGCAGGAACCUGAUGAUGAUAAUGUAGAUGGAUACAGAGUUGAUGUUGGAACACCAUCUAAUCCUCGUUCAAAGUUUUCUCAAAGAUUGCCUCGGGGAACCAAUUCAGUCAAUGUUCCAAGAUUGGAUGAAGACACUGAAUAUCAAGUCAGUGUAGUGUCCACCUCACCAACAGGAGAGAGUGAACCUGUCAGAAAGUCUGUUAAAACACCACGCAGUAGGCCUCGUGGAUCUUCCCCUCCAAAUGGUCUUUGGUUAAAUGAGGACACCGACUCAGUAGAUAUCAACUGGGGAGCUUCAGGCACUGAUAACAUAGAGGGUUAUAUUGUCAACAUUGGACCACCUGACAACCCAACUCAGUUCUCUGAACGUGUUCCAAAAACAACCAACUUCAGGCACACUGGAUUGGAACCAAACAGAGAUUACCAGGUCUCUGUCCAAGCUUAUGGUCCAGAUGGGGAAAGUGAUCCUGUUCAACGAGGUUUCAGGACACGGCCUAGUCGUAGCCGUGCUGUGAGGGCUCCUGCCAACACAAGAGCAAUACCUCGGUAUGAUUCAAUACCUAUUAGCUGGGAUGAACCUGAGGAUCCUAAUGUCAAUGGAUAUCGAGUGGAAGUUGGGACACCAUCUGAACCUAACCAGGCCUCUUAUAAUUUCCCUCGUGGCACAACAGAUUUCACCAUUCCAGACCUUGACCCAGAUACAAAUUAUCAAGUCAACUUAUUUUCCACCUCACCAUCGGGAGAUAGCGAUCCUAUCACAAGAAGAGCAAAAACAAGGAAAAAUCGGCGGCCACAGAAACCAUCCGGGACAAGAGUGACCCCCGGCAUUGAUUCUCUUGAUGUAAAUUGGGUACAACCAGAAGGAGCAAACAUUGCAGGUUAUAGGUUAGAUGUAGGGACUCCAUCCAACCCACAACAAUUCUCAAGAAGACUUCCAGCAGAUACAAGAAAUCUUGAAGUGGAUGGCCUAGAACCUAACACUGACUACCAAGUUAAUCUUGUGUCUACCUCACCAGAUGGAAGAGAAAGUGAACCUGUUAGAAGAAAUACUAGAACAACCGGUGAUCAAACUGCUCCAGUUGGUACUCCUGAAACACCAACUGGAGUAGAUGUGACAACAGAAGGCAACAAUCUGAGAGUAUCAUGGAACGCUCAACAAGGCGUCACUGGCUACAUUGUGCGAGCUGGACUUGCAUCCAGAGGCUUUCCACCCAAUGAUGUCGAAGAAAGGGUGAAUAGCCGCAAGGAUCAGGUUCUAUUGAGGAAUCUACAACCGGAUACAGAUUAUGUGUUGACUGUCAGUUCUGUAAAUCAGGAAGGCGAGAGCAGACCUGCCAGGGCAACAGGCACAACUGAUCUAGCCCUACCAGGAAGACCAGAGGGUCUGGCUGCAGAGACAACUUCACGUACUGCUACUCUGUCGUGGAGAGAACCAGGAACACCUGUUGAUGGAUAUCGCCUUACUCUUGGAACAGUUACCUUCCCAGACAUGUUUACAGAAAGGCUGAGACCCAAUACAAAUGAAUAUACAUUUGAAAACUUGGAUCCAGACACCAUAUAUACAGCUGAGUUGACAAGCUAUAACUCUGCUGGUACUUCAAUGCCUAUCUCUGCUAAGCUCAGGACAGAACCAGGACCUGCUCGUCAACCUCCUGAGGCUCCAGGCAGAAUGGAGCUUACCGCCACUCCUAGUCGCAUUAACAUCCGAUGGCAACCUUCUAUAGGAGAUGUGACUGGCUAUAGGAUUAGGCUUACUGACCCUGCUACAGGGGAGACUGAUACAGUAGAGGUGGACAAAUUCCAGCAGAGUUAUGCUUUCACUGAUCUGGAACCAGAGAAACAGUAUGAGGUCUCCAUUGAGUCCUUUAAUGAAGAAGGUUACAGUCGACCACAAGUGGAUCGUGUCAGUACAGGAGAAUUGCCCGGUGGAAGCGAGCUUCCCCAGAAUGUAGAUAUUGUUGCAACGGGAACUCGUAUUGAUGCCCACUGGAACCCACCAAGGCUUGCAGGAAAUACUCACCCCCACAGCUACCUAGUGAUUGCUGAAGCUAUAGAUGAAGAAGGCAACCCGCUUGGCCCUCGAGAAAGCAUCACAUUACAUCAUUCACAAAAUGAACACACUUUCACAAAUCUGCUGCCUGCAACCAAGUAUCUGGUAUCUGUACAUGCAAACAUUGAAGGUGAUAUAACUGAACCAGUUUCUCAAGAAGUUACCACAACCAUGGAUGGUCCCAUUCCCCCAAUCAACAUUAUGGCUGAACCUAUAUCACCUGAGGCCAUCUCUGUUUCCUGGGAUUUCCCUGUUGAGACUGGUCCACCUCCAGAAGUUGGCGGUCGUCGUCCAGAUAUUUAUUACACUGUCCGAGUCAGCAAUCCAGAAACAGGAGAUCUGUAUGCCAAUUCAAGAGAAAUGACAGCUGAUGUUGAAGGACUAAGACCAGAUACUCUCUAUGAUGUUCAGGUUGCUAUGGUCUACAAUGGAUACAUCAGUGAUUAUGGAGAUAAUUUUGCUGUCAGAACGUUUAGUGAUGUUGAUCCUCGUUCACCCCAGUUCCCAACAGUGACCCAAGUUUUAUUGGAGUCUCCAGAUAAUGUUCAUGCCACUUUCAACUGGCUUCCACCAAGGGAGGAUGCUGAUAAUAUUAGAACAUACAACACAGAAUAUACCAUGGCAGAGGAUCCAACAUUAGAGGACACUGUGUGGGAAUCAGUGAGCUCUGAUAGAGAUGAUUUAGGUGUAGUAAUAUCCAACUUACCUACCAAUGGUGUUGUUCACCACAGAACUCAACCUGUCUAUCGAGGAGGUGAAAAGGGACCUUACUCAGUCAUACAGUCUUUUAGUACGCCGGUUGCUGAGAGACCAACCCCAGAAGACCAACCUUGUCAAUCACAUGAGGAUGUGACACAUCAAAGGAUCAAUCAGAUCACAGAAAGAACAGUACCACCUCUUGGAAUGCCUCUUCCUUACUGUGAUCAGUUCUUCUCAGACUUCCCUUGUGUCUGGUCACCAGUAUGCAUCUGUAUACCACGAGGUACCAAAUCACUAGGAGCACUACCCACAUCAAUCCGACCAGCAAGUGGUACAGGGUGUUCAUCAACCCAAUUACGAGAUGACCCAGGUGCCAUGUACCGUGACGAGCCUUCUCGGGCAUCUAAUGAACCCGGUCCUUGUCAAGCUGUAUUUGAUGUGACUUUAGAAGCUAUCAAAGAGAGUCAUAAGAAUACUGUACCUCUUAUGGCUUCCUCAUUGCCAAGCUGUAGUGAGGAUGGUUAUUAUAAAAACGUACAGUGUAUGGGAACAAUGUGUAUGUGUGUAGAUAGGAUGGGCCAACCAACUGGUGACAUGACUGAAGUUUGGAAUGUCAAGAAACUCAGAUGUGCAUAAUGAGGUUAUUGGUUUUGCUUACAGAGGUGCCUUAUCUUGCCUCCUGGAUUCAUCUACCUUCAUCCCUCUUCCAUUUCAAAGAAUUGUUCUUUAUAUUACAAGCUGUAUAAUUUUUGGUAAAUUACAGGCUACAGAUGAAAAGGGAGUGGGUAAUUGUAUAUUACAAUUACUAUAUCAUGCAUGGUAAUUUUAACUGUACAAAUUGUACUUGAUGAAAGGUGUGAUAGAUCUCAUUCUGUUGCUGUGUACCCAUGGUGGUGAUGAUGAUGUGUUUAACUUUUCAUUUUGAAAUUUACAUUAGUGCCUUGUUAACCAUUUCUUCCCCCAUAGUAAUGGUGCUUGAAGUUUUAUUAUAAGUGUGAGAUAUUUUUACCAGCUUUCUUCAUUCAAGCCUCUGGGAUAAAUUUUUACUUUAUUGUUGGAAUAUUCUGACAUCAUUGCAUUAAACAUAAUAUGUUGUUAUGGUGUUCUUCAACUUCAUCACACUUUAUCUUUCAAAGUAGUAUUUGACUGAAAUUAAGAUUGCAUUGCCAUCCAGUUUUUAGCAGUAGUUUCCAAAGAAUAUAGCAAGGUACAUGUCUGUAUUUAUAUUACAACUUCUAGAUGUUUCUA